UCCAUUUAGCUCAUUAUUUGCAUAUAUGGAUCUCCUCUUACCAUUCAUUUUGUCUAUCUUAUUACUCUCCACAUCUCUUGCUCUCAGUCUCAUCUUCUCUUUCUUCACCAAUAAACAACACAAAUGUACUCAAAACCUCCCACCAGGCAAAACAGGAUGGCCUGUAAUAGGAGAAACUCUAGACCUCAUCUUGUCAGGCCUCAAGGGCCACCCUGAAAGGUUCUUACAAGAGAGGAUGAGACAACACUCCUCAACCAUAUUCAGGACAUCCUUAUUCGGAUCGAAGAAGAUGGUCUUCUUCUGUGGUCCUUCUGCAAACAAGUUCUUGUUCUCCAAUGAGAUCAAACACGUGGCAACUUGGUGGCCUCGAUCUUUCAACAAAGUGUUCUUGUCCGCCACGCCUGCCGACCCUUCUCACACCCCGGAUAUGAUAAUCAUGGAGGAAUCGAAGCGGUUUCGACACUUGAUUUUGGGAUUCUUAAAGCUUGAGGCCCUGCAGAAUUAUAUAGAGAUCAUGGACUCGGUGGCUAAGCGGCACAUAGAAGAGGAAUGGGCUCCCAAGAUCGAUAAUCUGGUGGUGGCUCAGCAGGCCAAGCUGUAUACAUUCGAGUUGGCUUGUCGAAUUUUACUCAGAGUUACGGAUCCGAGUAAGGUGGCGCAAUUUGAAGAUCGAUUUGGUAAUGUACUUGCCGGGGUGAUGUCACUCCCUCUCGAUUUUCCCGGUACAGCUUUAAAUAGAGCCAUCAAGAACGCCGAUUUCAUUCGCCAGGACAUCGUAGCGAUCAUAAAAAAGAGGAAAAUGAGUCUGGACGAGCAACAACAAAACAACAAUAAAGACUCAUCGACCACUCGAGACCUAUUGGCUCACUUGCUACACACUGCAGAUGAGAAUGGCAAGUUCAUGAAUGAAGUAGAAAUUGCUGACAAGAUUAUAGGCCUUCUCAUUGCCGGCUAUGACACUGCUUCUAGUACUCUCACCUUCAUCCUCAAGUAUCUUGCUGAAUAUCCCCAUGCUUACCAUGAGGUCUUCAAAGAACAAAUGGAGAUAGCAAAAUCAAAAGAACCGGGACAAAUGCUCAAUUGGGUGGACAUCCAGAAAAUCAAGUACUCAUGGAAUGUAGCAUGUGAAGCAAUGAGGCUAGCACCACCUUCCCAAAUAGGUUUCAAAGAGGCUUUAACUGACUUUUCUUUUGCAGGUUUUACUAUCCCGAAAGGAUGGAAGGCAUGUUGGAGUGUGCAUUCUACUCACAAAAAUCCUGCAUAUUUUCCAAAUCCAGAAAAAUUUGAUCCAAGAAGGUUUGAAGGAAAUGGACCAGCACCAUAUACAUUUGUACCAUUUGGAGGAGGACCUCGGAUGUGUCCCGGAAAAGAGUAUGCCCGAUUGGAAAUCCUUGUUUUUAUGCAUAAUUUGGUGACAAAGUUCAAAUGGAGCAAGUUAAUCCCAAAUGAGAAAGUCGUGUAUAAACCGAACCCAAUUCCUGAGAGUGGUCUUCCAAUUCGCCUCCACCCUCACAAAAUUUAAGCCACAAUACCAUUUGAGAUUGAUUUGGUAACGUGUUUGUUUGUAGAUUUCAGUUUAUGUUGCUUGGUAUCUAAUUUCAUUUACAAAAUGCUAGCCAUCGGUUACCGGUCGUCACCACUACCAACCACCAUCAUUCACGACAUCUUCUAAUCACCACCACAUGGUAGGCAAUCAUCUUUAGCCACCAACAACUGCAUUUUAGUGGGUUUAUUGUAAGGUUUGUUUUUAUUAUCAAUAAACUUUCCUUUUCGUUGGUAAAAAUAAAAAAUAAAAAAUUCAUAUGGGUGGAAACCACCUCCAACCAUCAACAACCACCAUUUUCUGUUGAAAAUCACCUUCGGAUGCCACAGAAACAACGUCUGGCCACUAUUUCUGGUGAUCAAUAAUCACUUUCAAUCAACACCUCUAGCCAUCUCCUCUUAUUUAUAAAAUAAGUUUUUGAAACGAGUCUUACCAAACUUUUUUUGUUAUGUUUUUAAAAAUAAAAAAUUAUUAUAUGUUUAAAAAUAAUAUUAAAUUGUCAACCUUAUCAAAUCACAUCUUAAUAACUCAAUGGCAGUAUGUUUACACAUUGAUUUAUAAUUUUAAAGGAAAAUGUGUAUACUAUGCUUAUUUUACGGAUGUUUGUUCAAUCACUGGUAUCUUAAAUGAAUUUUAUGUUUGUCCUGAGACCAUGGUUCUGUAUCUUGAAUAAAUUUUAUGUUGUUUAAUUAAAGUUUUUUUAUUUUCAUUUUUAGAGAGGGCUUUAAUUAAGCUGUUGAAAGUUGCAAUUUGUUGUUUUGGCUUUGAUUGGAUGGGAAAUUCUAUAGUACUUGACCCCCCAUAUCAUAUGAUAUCCCUUUCCGGAUUGU